GGUUAACUGACGGAGACGGGAGAAAUGUAUUUUGGAGGUUAUGAUUGAUAUAAUGUAAUUUUUAUAAAUAAAAUAAGACAAACAAAAUGGAUUAUACCGUUAAGAUGGAAUCAGUGUUAAUAGCAAUAACUACAGUGCUGUGUGCUACAUUAGUUUUGAAUUUAAUAUACAAACUCAGAUUAGCGCUUCCAUGGCGUGUCAACUGUUGGUUUUGUAAUCAAAACUUUUGGAUGAAAUUUAUAGUUCGAAACAGCUGGGUUUGUCCGAGUUGUGAGCAGUACAACGGGUUCACUAAGGAUGGCGACUACAAUAAGCCGGUUGCUAGCGUAUUAAACGACUCUGCCAUCAAAUCACCUAAAGUCUUCCAAAGAAGUCCCCCAAAAAAUGGAUUGUGCAAAAUGUGUAACGUAAACCAGCAACUGAAGGUCGCGCAGCUCGCCAACUUCGUGCCCAUGCAUGAGAGGAACUUCGACAACGAAAUUGAAAACUACAAGAUGCAACUUGAAAAAGCAUACAAACUAUGCAGCCCUUGCAGAAAAGUUCUACAAAAGAAAUUGCAUAAAGAAAAAGAAGUAUUAUUGGGUUCGAAAGUAAAAGAAACGAGGAGCCCAGACAAAAAGAAACAAAAGAACAAGCAGAAGAGCUCAUUAUUAAAGAGCUUUAUAAACCGAACCUCCAUACUCAUUGCUUUAGUCCUAGUGAUUUUAGUAUCAUUAGAAAGCUACAAUAACACAAAUGAAUUACCAAGUACAUUAAUGAAUUUAAAGAACAUACUAACCGGACUUCUAGAUAGAUUGAUGACCAUAUUGAAAAUGAAACUUUAUUUGACAUUCCCAACAUUAGAAAACUACUCAUUUGACUUUACUAAUACUGAGAUACAUAAGAUGUUGAAGAUUAAAUUAAAUGUGACUAAUAUAGGAUCCUUAGACCAUUUUAAUGAAGUGACUCAGAAGGCACUAGGAGGCCUCGUUUGUUUGAUGCAGAUAAUAGGACAUGUUUGUAAUGUGAACAAACUGAAGGAUACAGUAUUGAUUGAUAUACUCUGGUCAGUUUUUGUUGUGAUGUCUGUGGCUGAUAAAUAUGUGACCAUGGAACCAAUUUACAUCAGUUUAGUUAAGUUGACAAGUAUAUUUGCAGUAUUGCUUGUUUAUAAGAAUAUGGAUAAAACUACACCUACACAGAAGCCUGUAAAGAUUUAUACCUCUCCAAGGAUAAAAAAUCUAAGAAACGGACCACAUACCUCAUUCCUGGAUGAAGACAGUGACAUUAUGUUGGAGACGGAUGAUGAUGUAUCACUGAGCAAAUUCGGAUUGCAUAAUUUCACAGAUUCUUCGACAGAAACUAUCAGUCCCUUGAGUUCCAGCAUGCUUAAUGGUAGAUGCUUCACUCCAAAGAAAAAUGACAGCAUUUGGAGUAAAUCCAGGCUCAAUUCCACAUUCUGCGUAAAUAGUGUUAUGAGCAAAAGUCCAAGUUCCGUCUCAGAUACUUUAUUUACUAAACCUUCUUUCAAUAACUUUCAAAAUCUGAAAGAUGACUCUGACUCUGAUUUAGACGAGAGUAUAAGCUCCUUGUGCAUUAGUAGUCCGAAAAAAUCGAGUCAAAAGAGCAAUUCAAUUUUUGCUCUUCGGAAGUUCACUGCCUCUCCUAGCUUUAUCGCUCCGGCGCCGUUAAAUCGUUCCAGACCAUUGAUAUCUCCUAGUAAACUAGGGCAUAGUACGUCGUGGGUCGCGGGAGGCUACUGGGGAUCAGAAGGCGAAAGGCCAAUCUUCAGCGUGAAUGGGAGUCGGUCGUCAAGUCAGAGCUCGGGGUUUGAAUCGCAGGCGUCGAGCGCGAACCAGCGCAUCACGUCGCAACCGCCGUCGCGCGAGGAGUCUAUCUGCGGAGAUCCAGCGGCGUCGCUGCUCGAGCGCUUCCAGAAUUGUAACACGGGAGGUUACUCUAGUUACCAGUCUCCGGCAAACUUCACGCGCGUGUGCUCCCCAGUGUUCCCUCAGAUGCAGUACAAUGGGCACGUGCAUAUUCCUCAGGCCAGAUUCGCACCUCAGCCCGCGCCCUCUAGUGUAUUUUCACAGGCUUCUCUAGCCUCGCAGCAGUACCCGCACGGCCUGCUCAAGCCCGGCGGGUCCGGACUAAUCAACCUCGCUCAGCUAAGCUCGCUUAGCACCAGAUAAUCUCACUAGUCAGCCAUUUUGACUCUUUCGACGCUCUUGACUCAUACGUAUGUUUUUCUUUUAUUCUUUGAUUCUUUUUUUCUAGUAUAUGGUAAACUGCCAUUAUGAUAAGCGGACUCGUUAAGUUAAUGUUAGUAUUAAGCGGUUGUAAGGUUUGAGACUAAACCCUAGUGUUAAGUUGCUGAUCUCGUGUUUGGUGCCAGUCGUGGCUGAUUGUGAAAGCAUGAAGAAUUAUUCUAUUGUUACUAAAUAAUAUGAGGACGUCACUGUCCUCGUCUUGAACAAAAUGUGAUAUUUUAAAAGACUAGUAAUUUUCUAAGAUGAGAAAGAAAUGAUUCUUGAUGUUAUCAUUGUUUUUUUUGUUUUGGUUUAGCCAAUGGUUUUGUCAUUAAAUAUCGGAAACCUUUUGUAAAGUUCCUGCAAUAAAAACAUGUUGUAAAAUAA